AUCGUCGUCAGCCGGAGUACCACGAGCGCAUUUUGAUUCUAACUGCAUGUCAUGCACAGUUCGAAGGAUGCGCUACACGGUGGACGGCACUUCCAGAGCCACGAAUGGACGGAGAAGACGAGCGACAGCGCCACAAUCCACAAGAAGGGCUUCCUACAAGACUACAUGUUGCUCCUUGUCGUCAGCAUCAUUUUCCUUCUUCUCCUGUUCCUCUUCUUCCUAAUGUUCAAUGAACUGAAAUAUAGAGCAAGAGUACGCACAGGCCAUUCGACUGGCGAAUCAGGCUCGCAUUCUGGCCGAUCUUUUCUCAGGGCCAACGCAGGUAACAGGGUUCGUCAACAGAUGCGUUAUCAUAACAGUGCAUGAAACCACGAGGGCUUGCUCAGUGUGCAGGUUUUUGUGCGAUGUUACAUGCCUUAAUUUGUUCGCGAUGUUACGUGUAACUAGGCUUUGGUGAGGUCAUAUUGAGGUAAGUGAAGGACGGCACUUGGGAAUUUUGACAGAAGAGCUGGACUGUGCAAGGUAUGUCGUAGCCUUUAUUUCUUCGCUUCCUUUGUAGAAAAUUAACGUUAUGCUAUAACAGGUCUGCACUGUUGUCAACGGAUGUGGGAAAACCUGGACAUGUUUAGGACACCGCUACACUGUAACACCGCUGUGUGCGUAGGGAAGCAGCAGGCCAGCGGCAACUCUGUGCGGGAGUAUACUGUCUGAGCUAGAAUUAGCGAAUAAGCUACCUGGGCGUCCUGACGGCUGGGUUUAGACCAGAAUAUCAAUUAAACAGGUUGAGACACUUA